GUCCAACAUUAGUGAUUGAUUAUGAUGGAGAAGCUCAUAAAUUCUUUAAAAAAUGGGGCAACAGAAUUUUAGAGGAGAUUAAACCAAAAGCUGUUGUGGUCAUAUCAGCUCAUUGGCAAACUUCAGGAGGUAUUAAUGGUGAAACUCCAAUAAUUUAUGAUUUCGGCGGGUUUUCGGAAGAAUUGUAUCGACAAAAAUAUCACGGCAAAGGAUCGCCAAAGUUGGCCGAAAGGAUUGUGAAUUUACUGUCUCCGUUCCAAGCUACAAUUAAUACGAGACGAGGUUUCGACCAUGGUCUAUGGGUGCCCUUGAAAGUUGCGAUUCCGGAACCGAAAGACAUACCUAUUAUUCAAGUGUCCCUUACUAGUCGUGCGUCUUAUGAAUAUCAUAUAAAGGUUGGUCAAGCAUUAGCUCCAUUAAGAGACGAGGGUGUCUUACUAAUAGGUUCUGGUUCAUUGGUUCACAAUCUCCGUGAUUUAUUCGUUGGAGCUAGUGAAACACAAUUUUACACCGAAACUUUUGACAAAGAUGCUGGAGAAUAUGUAACCAAGUAUAGUGGCAAGGAACGGGAAGAGAAAGCGAUUGGGCUAAUAAACCAUCCAUUAUUAAGGAAAGCUCAUCCAACUGACGAGCAUUUGGUUCCGUUGCAUGUGAUGGUGGGAGCCAGUGGGAAUGAUCAGGGGAAGAAGAUUCAUGAAGAGUUUGGUUCGGGGAUUAGCAUGAGUGCUAUCGAGUUUUGUGGAGAUGUGAAAUUUUGA